CUCCUACUUAGCCAGCACAGUUGUUGCUGACGUGUAGAAUUCCGAAAGCGAGGUGGACCAACCAGAAUGCAAAAAAAGGUCGGAACCAAUUCUCGGAAGCAACAAAUUCUCAGAACAAUGCGUGGUGCUUGUUCCCGUGGUUGGAGAGGCAAGGCAAGCCAACUGUAAGCAAGAGAGCCAAUAGUAAAGAUCCGUUGCAGAGAGAUCCAUCAAACAUCCACAGGAGCCAUCGUCAGCACAAAAGUUGGAGUUGGCGGUUUGCCAGUUUGAUGAUUUCUCAUUCCAAGAAGUGCUGAACCUUUUGUCACCCUCAAGUUCAUUAUUCUAUCCAUCACUUUCUUUCGGGACCCAUCAACCACCCAUCACUACACUCUAUUAGUAGAAGAUAUUUCUAUACUUCUUUGUAAAGAAACAACAAUGUCUCCUUCCUUUCAAGCGUUGGGUUGUACCAAGAAGAUGUUGACUCAUGUGGGAGUUGGCAUGGGCGCGGCCAGUUUCUGGCGAGGCGCGUGGUAUGUUCUCGAUGAUCAAUUGUAUCCGGAAGAUGCCAACAAGAGUGCCGCGGCCAGUUUGAUUUUGGGUACGGCCGGCAUGGCUGCCUCACAAGGCAUUGUCUAUCGCGCCAUGAUGGUCCAGUCUCGCCUCUUCAAGCCAGCGGCCCGUUUUGGAGCCCUUUACACCAUUGCCAUGUCGUGUGUCUUGGUAUGGCGCGGCACGUGGGUUGGAUGGGAUUGUGUCUACGAGUACUAUUACAAUCAACAUUAUCACACAGACUCGACACAACCUUUGAAAGAUGGACAUGUCAACCAGUCCUUUCUCGAUCAUGGUCCGGUCGGAUUCGCCAUCAAGUCGACCGAUCCUGGUCACUUGACGACGAGUGGAUUGGCAUCGCACUGUGCUGCCAUUGUCGUGCUGGGAGCAUGCGGUGUCUUUGCAUCCGUCUUGGCACCCCCUGCGGCUGUGUCGGUGAUUCGAGAUCUCGCCAUUCAGUCUUCUAGGCGCAGUCAUGCCACCUAUUUUAAACCCAAGUACAUCAAGGUUCGCGACACCAUUGACAAUCGAGCGUACGAAUAUGUGCCGCAUUUGGCGGGCUACCUCAAGUCCCCCUCGGCACCGCCCUCGCCGCUCCAACGAGGAGUGUUGGCUACGACCGUACGAGGAUUCAAAAGUGGAACUUCCACGAGACGAGCCGGACUCAAGGAGUUUUCUGGGUGA